AUGAAGAUCAAAUCAGUUCUUCAUCACAACCACCCCAAAAUCGCAUCAACCACCCCAACACCAGCCCUCCUCCCCAUUACUUGUCAUCACAUCACCAAAACCCAAACCCUGAAAACCCUUAACCACAACCACAAAGCAAGCCAGAGGCUGAGGAUCUGUACAAACCCAACAACAACCAGAAAGAGAUUCUCAACCAUACCAGCAGCAACACUUCAGCCUUCACUGCCUCUGGAUCUAACAGAAGACAAUAUCAGACAGGUCUUGGCAGAUGCAAGAAUUGAAUUUGGACAGCUCUUUGACACUUCUGUUGGCAUGACAGGGCAAGUUGAACUUGCCGAACUGGACGGGCCCUAUGUGAAGAUCAGUCUCAAAGGCCGGUUUUGGCACGAACGCAGUGUGGUUCUGGCUAGACUGGCCAAUUAUCUCAAGCAGAGAAUCCCUGAAAUUUUGGAGGUAGACAUAGAAGAUGAGAAACAAUUGGAUGACAGCCCUGAAAACUUUUAG